AUGGAGGGAGAUCAGAAUCAGGCAAUGUUGGCACCACCUGCGGUGUCGCAUCUGCGUGCAGAGGCCGGUAUGAUGGAACGAUCACUCAGUGCGGAUAUUCGAGAAGAGAGAGAAGAUCUCAGACAAGCAGCAGAAGAAACUCUCAAUGUCAUCAUGGAUCUGAGCAUGGAUGGCACAAUAAAUUGGGUCAGCCCCUCAUGGUCAGAUGUUAUUGGUACAACUUUGGAUUCUGUUCAAGGGAAACCAAUCGCGGACAUUUUGAUAGGGGACAACGAUCGGAGUGUAUUCACAGAUACUCUGGAGGAAAUGAAGAAAGAUGAUUCUCGCAGUUACAUUAUAAGAUUCGCCAUUGAGCUGGGUCCGGCUUCAAGAUUAUUACCACUAGAUAAUCUAGAGCAUGUCAAAGAAGGCGAAGGCGAAGGUGCAGCAAUAUCGCAUCCGGGACCUGCUACAAUUGAGCUGGAAGGACAAGGCAUCAUGGUACACGAUCGAGGAUCUGAAGCAGGCAGUCAUACAAUGUGGAUGAUCAGACCUUGGAUGGCGCCCCGAGAAAUUCAAAUAGACCUCGCCCCAGUUAUAGUCGAAUCUUUAGGUACUGGAGCACAAGUUCUUGCGAAAUAUCUCACUACAGUUGCGGAACAAGGUCUGAAUGAUCCAGAAAAUCAUGCCCCGCCAUUACCACUCCUUUGCCGAAUCUGCGAACGUCAAAUCCCUCCUUGGUGGUUCGAAAAGCAUACCGAGUUGUGCCUCCAAGAACACAAAGCUGAGAUGGAAGUACAAAUGUGUCAGGAUAAUUUGACGGAACAUCGUCAUGCUAUUGUUAGAGUUUUGGAUGCGCUAGAAGCUCGUCAAGCUCGGCCGAGUGCGGGAGAACAACCUGUGAUGCCGACUCCACCUCAGGCUGAAUACAAGGGAUUACCGAUCGGUGCCAACUCAACUACAUCUUCUGGUACAGCUUCUCCAGGGACACCCACAUCGGGUAGAUCUCGAUCAAGGUCUACAUCAGGAUUUGGUCAUGCAAGAGGACGAUCCUUCGCUCAAAGGCGACCUCAUGCUCGAAUCGUCGAACUAUUAUUGGACCUUUGUGAUACAGCCAUGGAAAUCAACACACCCGCGAUCAAAGAACCAUCCCCUCAAGCUCCUGGAGAGUUUCGUACACAAUCUCCUCAAUCGGAAUCCCGCAUAUCUCAAGUUAUGCAAUGGCAAUCACCAAGUUUGAACGCUGUAGAUCAAGAAGGCUUAUCGAUGCUUUGUGCGGAUAGUGAAGCCGUUGCGCGUGCAAAGGUUGAAGCUGUCAUUCGUCAUCGAAGAAUUAUCGAAUACUCAGAACGCAUCCGUAUGGAAUUUUCGGCAAUUGUACAAGAUUGUAUAGAUGAGGCUAUCAACAAAGCUGCCCGACUUGCAGCUGGCCAACUUAGUGAUUCGACAGAGGAACCCGAAGAAAUAACACCAGCUAAUGAAGAGGGAUUUUUUGCAGGUUCGUUCGACGGACCACAUGGACCCUCAUCGCUGGCAGCAGCACUCCGAGCUGCUGAACUUGGGACGAGCAUGGUACAUGAAGGUCGGCAAUUAUCAUCUGCUGCCAUUUCCUCUACCAGAUCCAGUAGUCCUAAAGAAUGCCCAACUCCUCGUUCACACCAAGGCGCUUUGAGUAGUAUACUAGGACAAUCCCGGGAAGCAAGAAGAGAAUCAAUCUUCUUCGAAAGUGAUACGGGUGCGGAGAGUGAUGGUAGCGUCAGAUCAUCAUCGGUCAUGGGGCGUCCGCCAAGAACGGAAUCGCCAGUUUCAGAAUUCGGAGAUCUUCGUCGACAUGCAAGUUCCCGGCAACAAAACAGGCGAAGCAUGGUUCUUGGUACUGGUACACUUUCACCCCGAAGACAAGAGUCUCCCGUUCGGAUGCCACCUCCAUCAUCCCCAUUGAGAAUUUCCAAACCCCGCAUUUUGCCGAUCGCCCACGAGGGUAUCGUUUCUCCAACUGCAUCGCCGAUGCUUCCCGGAAGCGAGUUCAGCUCACCCGCAUUAGUCCCGUCACACCAUCGACGUCAGUCCUCGGCUGCUGGAUCAGAACCACGCCCACCACCAUCGCCCCGAUUAAAUUCUGUUAGCGCUCCACAAGCACGUGCCGUACCACCGUCGAUCAAAGAUUUCGAGAUCAUCAAACCUAUCAGCAAGGGAGCCUUUGGUAGUGUUUAUCUAUCGAAGAAGAAGUCAACUGGUGAUUACUAUGCUAUCAAGGUACUUAAAAAGGCCGAUAUGGUUGCCAAGAAUCAAGUCACAAAUGUUAAGGCUGAACGUGCUAUCAUGAUGUGGCAAGGUGAGAGCGAUUUUGUCGCGAAGCUCUAUUGGACAUUUUCAAGCAAAGACUAUCUAUAUCUAGUGAUGGAAUAUCUCAAUGGUGGCGAUUGCGCAUCUCUCAUCAAAGUUCUCGGGGGUCUUUCGGAAGAUUGGGCAAAGAAAUACCUUGGUGAGGUGAUCCUUGGCGUUGAACAUCUUCACAGUCGUGGCAUUGUACAUCGUGAUUUGAAACCCGACAAUCUUCUCAUUGAUCAAAAGGGUCAUCUUAAAUUGACUGAUUUUGGUUUGUCGAGAAUGGGUUUGAUUGGACGUCAAAAGCGUGUAUUAAGCAGCGUAGCGAAUGAGUCUGCUCCAGAUCUGCUGAAACAAGGUCCUUUUGCUCGAGCCACUUCCAUGAGUUCUUCUCGUGCUUCAUCAUUCGAUUAUCAGGGCCAUCAUUCACCUGGCUCAACACCUCAGAUGACCCCAGAUGUUGCAGGUAGCUUAGGGACACCCUCGUACUUCAAUUUGAGUCGUGAAAACACCAUCAACAAGGAUGCGCGACGAAAGUCUGGCCAUAGGAGUGACAGCGGCGGUAGUGAUGCAUUGACAUCUAUGUUCAACCAAUUUUCUUUGAACGAGUCCCAAAAUCAACAAGCGCUCAAUCAAAGAAGAACACCUAUCGAAGAAUUGAGCGAGAACGAGACUGCUGGAUCACCAGACUUAUGCCUUCAUCCUAUUACGAGUCACAGUUCUGAUGCUAGGCACAGUACACCACCACAAACUAGCACAGGUAUGAUGCCACCUCCAAUGGCUCUUUUCGAUCCUGAUGACAGUAAUCGUCGGUUUGUUGGUACACCUGAUUAUCUUGCUCCCGAAACCGUAAAUGGCCUUGGUCAAGAUGAAGUAAGUGAUUGGUGGUCUGUAGGGUGUAUCAUGUUUGAAUUUAUUUAUGGCUAUCCACCUUUUCAUGCUGGCACACCGGAUGAAGUUUUCGAAAACAUCUUGGCUCGCCGAAUUUCAUGGCCGGAUGAAGGUGACUACGAUGUCUCAGAUGAGGCUAAGGAUCUCAUGAAUAAGCUUUUAUGCUCAGACCCGCAGAAACGACUUGGGGCUAACAAAGAAGAGAAGUUUCCUACUGGAGGCGAUGAAAUCCGAAGCCACCCUUGGUUCGAAGGCACUCAGUGGGACAAAUUGCUCGAAGACGAUGCACAAUUUGUUCCCGCACCAGAGAAUCCCGAGGAUACCGAGUACUUCGAUGCGAGAGGAGCCACCCUGCAAUCUUUCGCGGAAGAGAUGGAAGAUCAAGCAUCUACUCAGCAUCCUACACCUGGUGCCGAAUAUCCCGAACGCCCUCAUGAUGCUUUGUCUCGAGUUCGGAGUCAAGUCAAUAACGUCAAACGAGGUUUAAUGCCUUUACACAUCCCACCCCACGUCCGAGAUAUGAAGAGUAGGCGGCUCAGCGAACCUGUAGUAGCAGACGACUUCGGCAAUUUUACUUUCAAAAACUUACCAGUUCUAGAAAAGGCAAACAAAGAUGUUAUACAAAAACUACGACAGGAAGCCAUGUCGGCCACAAGCAAGCCAGUUGUCAGUCCUGGUGGUACUAACAACGUAGUCACAUCCCCAGCUGCAUUAGAUGGAAGCCCUGUAUUGCCAAUGCCAAUGCCAAUGCCAAUGCCAAUUCAAAGAACCUUGUCAAAUGCUAAAGCUACUGCCCGGCCUUCGUCUCCGUCUGGAUUUAGUCAAGCAGAUGCUUCUCCAAGUAGGGCUUCACAACCUUCAUCACCGUUACUUGUCUCAUUUAUUGCAGGGCAGAAUAAUGAAGCUAGACGUAAAACUUCGAGCAAUUCCUCGAGCUUAUCACAGCAAUCGAGCAACAACCUUGCACCACCUGCUAGUUUUAUAGAUGGGCCUAGAACAUCGCCAGGGCUUCAUAAGACCACUAGUUCUGCCGCUUCGUCGCCUAUUAAGAUACGUGGGUCUGCACCUCCACCACUUUCAUUAUCAUCGCCAGCAAAACCACCUGCCACCCCCCGACAAGGUAGUGGUACCUCAUCAUCAUCUAGAGCUCGCUCGCAAACAGUUGGAUCACAAGAAGGAAGCCCUUUACCAGGCGAGUUCUUGUCCCAUCGCAAGCGACGAAGUCAAGUGUUCGAUAUGUCACCUUCUUCUUCGGAUAAUGAAGGAGAAAAGGCUAAUGCAUUACUUCGCGUUCAACGUCGCCGUCAAAGCUCAAGGCGCAUGUCCCAGAUUACCCUUUCUGAUGGUCCUGCUUUUAGACCUUUGGAUGUACUUAUCUGCGAAGACCACCCAGUAUCGCGAAUGGUUAUGGAAAAAUUGUUGGAGAAAUUGCGUUGUCGCACAGUUACGGUGUCAAAUGGUGCUGAUGCAUUGAGAUAUGCCGUCAGUGACAUCAAAUUCGAUAUUAUCAUGAUGGAAUUCAAAUUACCUCAACUCAAUGGUGCAGAUGUGGCUCGAAUGAUUCGCGAAACAAAGAACGCCAAUUCUCAAACUCCCAUAGUUGCCAUCACCGGAUACCUGAAAGAACUUCAAGCACCUCAUCAAUUCGAUGCUUUGAUUGAAAAGCCACCGACAGCGUCGAAGCUUACCGAAGUCCUUUGUAGAUUAUGUCAAUGGAAAGAGCCUAUAUCAAGUUUGAACUUCUCUCCGGCAUAUCCUCCACCGUCUGGUCUACGCCAGGAGAGUUUGCGUCUUGAAGAUAGCCCUACUUCUGCUUCGUCUGGCUUUGCGCAUAUGCCAGCUGGUAGUUUCAGAGGUUCAAGUCGCGAAGAUUCUAUCAGCUCGAGUCUUUUUGAGGAUACCGAGGCUUUUCCAACCGAUGAUCUUCCUGUCGUCAUUAAUAGGAGGCCUACAGGCGAUUGGGAUGAGACUGGACUUGGUAUCAGUAACGAAGUUGAUAUGAUUGAAGACAAUGAAUUACCUAAACUUCCGCCACCCAACCUUCUUCCAAACAGCCCUUCUCCAGUGCGAUUAGAACAUCGUCGAAAUCUUUCUCGCCAACGAUCAUCUGAAAAAAUGAAGGCGAAACGUGAAAUUCUGGAGAAGAACCGCCAUGAGUGUGCAGAAUCUGGUGAUGAUGAGGAUGAAGUUUUGGGUGAUGUUGCUGUACGAGAAAAGACCAGCCCAAAGGCUACCACUUCUCCAAAAACACAUCGUGGCUCUAAGCUUGGUACAGAAAUGAUGCGCACGAACAGUCGUGGUAGUGUUGUGUCUGGGACAGAAAUGUUAAGUUCUGACUCGAUAGAGCCACCACCUACCGUCACUGAAGAGGCGAUUACUUCAUCACCAACGUCAGAAAUACCCCCAGCAUCCGAGAUUUCUGAGGCUACUUCAACACCUCCAGGUAAAUCUCAGGGCCCCAGCGAUAAAGAGGUUGAUCUAUUCAAAACGCCAAAACAAUCACAGUCACAAUUUUCAUUCAUAGAUGAAGAACACACUCCUCGGCCUACUUCAAAGUCAUCACAGACAGUUGUCGAUGGUGACUUCCUUCCUACACCUCGACCCACUUCAAAAUCAUCACAAACAGUCGUCGAUGGCGAUUUCCUUCCUACGCCUUGA